GAGAAGAAGAAUUUAAACUUCCUGUUUCAGAGCGUUCACCUAAAAACAUCCAAACAUUAAAAUGUGUGUGAAACCAGGCAGGUGACCUCGGACCGAUGUUCAGCGCCAGGUGCAUUCUGGGAGCAGCAGCGUGGAGACUCCACAACAGGAUGUGUGCGGCGCCUCACUCGGUGGCCGCAGUCUGCCAGGUGACCUGCACCCCCGACAAACAGGCCAACUUCUCUGCCUGCAGGCGUCUGGUGGAGGAAGCCAAGCAGCGAGGGGCCGGCAUGGUCUUCCUGCCCGAGGGCUUCGACUACAUCGGCUCCAGCAGAGAGGAGACGCUGGCGCUGUCCGAGAGCCUGACGGGAGAAACCAUGUCCCGCUACGCUCAGCUGGCCAGGGAGCUGCUGGUGUGGUUGUCUCUCGGGGGGUUUCAUGAACGAGGACCUGACUGGGAGAGGGACAGACGGAUCUACAACACUCACAUCAUAAUGGACGACAAAGGGGACAUUGUGUCCAUCUACAGGAAGUCCCAUUUGUUUGACGUGGAGCUGCCAGGAAAAGGGGUUUCUCUCAAAGAAAGUGUCUUCACCAUCCCGGGACCCUCCCUGGUGUCUCCGGUCCAGACUCCCAUCGGCAAGGUGGGCUUGGGGAUCUGCUACGACCUGCGGUUCCCUGAGAUGUCUCUGGCGCUUCGGCGGCACGGCGCCGACGUCCUGACGUACCCGUCGGCCUUCACUGUGGCCACAGGAGCUGCUCACUGGGAGGUGUUACUGCGAGCGCGGGCGAUCGAGACCCAGUGCUUCGUCCUGGCAGCGGCUCAGGUGGGCCGGCACCACGAGAAGCGCUGGUCGCACGGCCACGCCCUCGCCGUGGACCCCUGGGGGGAGGUGCUGGGCGACUGCGGGGGGGAGAGCCCCGGCCUGGUGCUGGUGCAGAUGAACCUGGACCAGGUGGGCAGCACUCGGAGGAACAUGCCGGUCCAGCAGCACCGCAGAGCGCCGGGCUUCUACCUCGGUCUGGAGGACGCCUGACUUCCAGAGAGGAGCAAACAGGAUGUUGUCUUUCAGAAGAGGUCAAAGGUCAAGAGCGUAUUCUAAAAACAUGACAGGUUUUCUGUUUUGACAUCGAUCUGAUUCUGUCGGAUUAUUAGAGACGAAAGAGAGAAGUCAUUUUCAUUCUGCUUGAUCAGAAGCAACAGAUGCAUAUUUAGAAAAAUGACUUCCUGAUUCUGGACAAAUCAAAGUUACUUCACACAAUAAUCUAUGAAUGUAAUAUUAAUGAACUUUUAAAGCUCUGUGCUGUUCACUCUCCUUCAGGAUCGGACCCGGACAUGUACAGUUGUAUUGAUUUUUUUUUUUUUAACAAUAUAUUUAUUGAGUUUUACAUAUAAGAAACAUACAUUCAAACAUUUAUAAACAUACAAACGUUUAUGAACACCCCCAAGGUGUAAAGAAAAAGAGGCAGAAAUCAAAUAACUUACAAUAAGAUUAAAUAAAAUAAUAAUAAA